AUGUCUCAAGAGAAUGAAGCUCAGGAAAAGAUAGAUUUCAAACUCUUCUUUCAGUCCUUGGAGCAAAAAUUUGAACGAAUGGAGAUGAGGUUUGAUGAGAUAAAUGAGAGAAUAGAUAAAGUUGAAUCUAGUUCACGAAGGGGGCAACCACCUAGAGCUCCUACCAUGCAACGAAGAGAGAGGCAUCCACCCAGGUAUGAUUAUGAAGAUGACUAUGGGGAUGACCUAGAUGAUGAUGAUCGUGCCUCUAAUGUCAGUAUAGGCCGAAUUAGGCAUGGGAAUAGAGAUAGAGGAGUUAGACAUGGAGAAAGGAUUGAUAACAACUUGGACAACAUUAAGAUGCAGAUUCCAUCUUUCCAAGGCAAAAACAAUCCAGAAGUUUAUUUGGAGUGGGAGACAAAGGUUGAAAUGGUGUUUGAUUGUCACAACUACUCUGAAUUGAAAAAGGUAAAAUUGGCCACCAUAGAAUUUACUGAUUAUGCUAUUAUUUGGUGGGAUCAACUUAUUUUGAAUAGGAGACGGAAUCGUGAAAGGCCCAUUGAGACAUGGGAAGAAAUGAAGGCUAUUAUGAGGAGGAGAUUCAUUCCAAGUCACUACUAUAGGGACUUAUUUCAGAAGUUGCAACGCCUUACUCAAGGUUCCAAAAGUGUUGAGGACUACCACAAGGAGAUGGAAAUAGCCAUGAUUCGAGCCAAUGUGGAGGAGGAUCGAGAAACUACCAUGGCCAGGUUCCUAGUUGGAUUGAACCGUGAUAUUGCAGAUGUGGUAGAAUUACAACAUUACAUUGAAUUAGAUGACAUGGUGCACAUGGCCAUUAAAGUGGAGAGACAAUUGAAGAGAAAGGGGUCCACACGAAUUGGGCAAAAUUCAGGCUCUUCAACAUGGAAAUCGAAUUGGAGCAAAAAGGAUGAAAAGCCUAAUUUCAAGCCUAAAGUCGAAACCUCCAACACCAACAAAGAUGGAGGAGUACCACAUAAGGUAAAAUCUGAUACUCUACCUCCCAGAACUAGAGAUAUCAAAUGCUUUAAGUGUUUGGGGACAGGCCAUAUUGCAUCUCAAUGCCCAAACAAGAGAGUAAUGAUUCUGAAAGAUGAUGGUGAUAUUGAGACCGAAGAUGAGUUUGAUAAUAAUUCUGAUAAUGAAUCCAUGCCACCUUUAGAGGAUGCAAGUGGCAUUGAGUACCCAGUUGAUAGGGAGCUCUUGGUGGCAAAGAGAGCCCUUAGUGUGCAAGUCAAAACUGAUGCGAAAGAGCAACGUGAGAACAUUUUUCAUACUAGAUGCCAUGUCAACGAUAAGGUAUGUAGCAUGAUUAUUGAUGGGGGCAGCUGUACUAAUGUGGCUAGCACUAGCUUGGUUGAAAAGUUGAAUUUGAUGACUUUGAAGCAUCCUAGGCCGUAUAAGCUACAAUGGUUGAAUGAUUGUGGAGAAUUUAAAGUAACCAAACAAGUGUUUGUUUCAUUCUCAAUUGGGAAGUAUACAGAUGAAGUUUUGUGUGAUGUGUUGCCAAUGCAUGCUGGCCAUAUUCUUUUGGGGCGACCAUGGCAGUUUGAUAGGUGUGAAUUUAAUGAUGUAUUCCCUGAAGAGCUACCUAUUGGCUUACCACCAAUAAGGGGAAUCGAGCAUCACAUUGAUUUCAUACCCGGAGCAUCAAUUCCAAAUAGACCAGCCUAUAGAAGCAAUCCUGAGGAGACCAAGGAACUUCAAAGGCAGGUUAGUGAGCUCAUGGAAAAAGGGUAUGUGCGUGAGAGCAUGAGUCCUUGUGCAGUUCCAGUAUUGCUUGUGCCCAAGAAAGAUGGUUCAUGGAGGAUGUGUGUUGAUUGUCGUGCCAUCAACAAUAUCACUGUAAAGUAUCGACAUCCCAUUCCUAGAUUAGAUGAUAUGCUUGAUGAAUUGCAUGGUUCUUAUAGGCUUGUAUUCCUUGGUUUUGUUGUUGUUAGUAGCCUAGCCGCACCUUUGACUAAAGUUAUUAAAAAGCAUGUAGGUUUUAAGUGGGGUAAUGAACAAGAAAAGGCAUUUAGCUUGCUUAAGGAAAAACUAACUAAUGCUCCUUUGCUUGCUUUACCUAACUUUGCUAAAACCUUUGAAAUUGAAUGUGAUGCUUCAGGAAUAGGUAUUGGAGCUGUUCUAAUGCAGGAAGGACGUCCCAUUGCUUAUUUUAGUGAGAAGCUAAGUGGGGCAGCCUUAAAUUACCCUACAUAUGAUAAAGAGAUGUAUGCAUUAAUUAGGGCAUUGGAAACUUGGCAGCAUCUUUGGCCGAAAGAGUUUGUGAUUCAUACGGAUCAUGAAUCUCUAAAGCAUAUAAAGGGACAACACAAGCUAAACAAGCGACAUGCCAAGUGGGUGGAGUUCAUUGAAACAUUUCCUUAUGUGAUCAAAUACAAGCAAGGUAAGGAAAAUAUUGUAGCUGAUGCUUUGUCUCGAAGGCAUAAUGGUUUUUUAUUUAGAGAAAGUAAGUUAUGUGUGCCUAAAUGUUCUUUGCGAGAAUUGCUUAUUCGAGAAGCUCAUGGUGGUGGUUUGAUGGGGCAUUUUGGUAUAACUAAGACUUUGGAUGUUUUGCAUGAACACUUCUUUUGGCCACAUAUGAAAUGUGAUGUCGAAAGAAUUUGUGAGAAGUGUGUCACUUGUAGACAAGCUAAGUCUAAGGUUAAGCCUCAUGGUUUAUAUACUCCUUUGCCUAUACCUAGUGAACCCUGGAUUGAUAUCUCUAUGGAUUUUGUGUUGGGUUUACCUAGGUCAAAAAGGGGUCGGGAUUCCAUAUAUGUGGUUGUUGAUAGGUUUUCUAAAAUGGCACAUUUCAUUCCAUGUCACAAAACAGAUGAUGCCUCACAUAUUGCUGACUUGUUUUUCAGGGAGGUUGUACGAUUACAUGGCAUGCCAAAGAGUAUUGUCUCAGACAGGGAUGCAAAGUUCUUAAGUUACUUUUGGAAGACUUUAUGGGGUAAGUUAGGAACUAAACUUUUAUUUUCUACUACUUGUCAUCCACAGACUGAUGGUCAAACUGAAGUAGUUAAUAGAACUUUAUCUACUUUGUUGCAUGCUAUAAUACAAAAGAAUUUGAAAACAUGGGAAGAAUGUUUGCCGCAUGUAGAGUUUGCAUAUAAUAGGAGUGUGCAUUCAGCAACUAAGUUUUCACCUUUUGAAGUGGUUUAUGGUUUUAAUCCAUUAACUCCUUUGGAUUUAACUCCUUUACCUAUGGCUGAGCGUCCGGGUGAUUGGGUUUGGUUGCAUAUGCGGAAAGAAUGUUUUCCCAUUCAAAGGCGUUCAAAACUGCUUCCAAGGGGAGAUGGACCAUUUCAAGUACUUGAACGGAUCAAUGAUAAUGCUUACAGUUAG